AUGAACCCCACCGUCGACGUCUUCGAGAAGCGCAUUGCCGCUCUCGAGGGGGGUGUCGCCGCUGUCGCCGCGUCGUCCGGCCAGGCAGCCCAGUUCAUGGCCAUCGCGGCUCUGGCUCACGCCGGGGACAACAUUGUGUCCACCACCAACCUGUACGGUGGCACCUAUAACCAGUUCAAGGUCAUGCUCCCACGACUGGGCAUCAAGACCAAGUUCAUCAACGGGGAAAAUCCCGCCGACAUCGCCGCGGCCAUUGACGACCGCACGAAGGCCGUCUACGUCGAGACCAUUGGCAACCCCCGAUACAACGUGCCGGAUUUCGAGGCCAUUGCCAAGGUGGCCCACGAGAAGGGGGUCCCCCUGGUGGUGGACAACACCUUUGGCGCUGGUGGCUACUUCUGCCGCCCCAUCGAGCACGGCGCCGACAUUGUGGUCCACAGUGCAACCAAGUGGAUUGGCGGCCACGGCACCACAAUCGGUGGCGUGGUGAUCGAUAGUGGCAAGUUCGACUGGGGCAAGAAUGCUGCUCGCUUCCCGCAGUUCGUGGAGCCGUCCGAGGGCUAUCACGGCCUGAAAUUCUGGGAGACCUUUGGUGCAAUUGCGUUCGCCAUCCGCGUGCGCGUGGAGAUCCUGCGUGAUCUGGGCUCGGCUCUGAACCCGUUCGCGGCCCAGCAGCUGAUUCUGGGCAUGGAGACGCUGAGUCUACGUGCCGAGCGCCACGCGAGCAACGCCAUCACCUUGGCGAAGUGGCUGCAGAAGAGCGAGUAUGUGAGCUGGGUCUCGUACCCCGGCCUGGAGGACCACCCGUCGCACAAGACCGCGAAGCAGUACCUGAAGCGUGGCUUCGGUGGCGUGUUGUCCGUGGGUAUCAAGGGCGGUGCUGCGGCCGGCAGCCAGGUGGUUGAUGGCUUCAAGCUGAUCUCCAACCUUGCCAAGUAUGUAUCCGUGGGUGUGGCUCGAUUGAUUCCAUGUACUGAUUCCUCCCCUUCUAGUGUCGGCGACUCCAAGACCCUCGCCAUCCACCCGUGGUCCACCACCCACGAGCAGCUCAGUGAGCAGGAGCGUGCCGACUCGGGCGUGACGGAAGAUGCGAUCCGCAUUUCGGUAGGCACGGAGCACAUCGACGACAUCAUUGCCGAUUUCGAGCAGUCGUUCAAGGCGUCGCAGGCGACGGUCCCGGACCGCACUAAAUAA